AUGGGAUUCCUUGAGAUUGUGGUAUUGCUGGUCCGCCGCGGGAGCUCAGUCUCGAGCAAGUCGGCGCGAAGAUUGACUGCGUUGCAUCGGGCAGCAGGUCGAGGUUAUACCAGGAUUGUCGAGUUCCUGCUUGAGGAACAAGCCCCUUUAGACGCAGUAACGUAUGAUUUAUGGACACCGCUCCAUGGAGCAUCGUCCAGCGGACAAACUGAGGCUGUGGAAGUGUUGCUGCAGCACGGGGCGAAUCUUCAUCAUCAGAGUCUAGACAGAAAGACUGCAUUGCACCGUGCUUGUCAAGGUGGACAUAUCGCGACUGUACAAGUGCUCUUGCAGCACGGGGCCGACAUCAUGAUUCAGGAUGGCGAUGGUAAUCUUCCUUUGCAUAUCGCA